AUGUCGCCUUCGCCAGAUGCCAGCACCUUGAACAACAAACAGUUGUUGCCGCCGCCGCCGCCGCCGCAGCCGCCUCCGACAGAAACUCAAUCAACCGUUAUAAUUUCGUUUAAAUCAUCACAAACACCUGUUCAGUCUCAACACCAAACGCCCGCACAUCCCGCCACACCUCCGCCAGUGGCAACAUCGAAACGGGAUGCCACUGGUUUGGUUACGCCAACCACAACAACACCAACAACUGCAGCAUCGGAAGUUGCUGCAUCAACGCCUACCACCACCGCUGGUGUAUACUCGGAAUCGGCCGCCACAGCCGCUGUAACGGCAACACCAUCAACACCAGCCAUCGCCGGCAUUCCAGCCACUCCGGCGACUCCUGCGACUCCGGCCACCCCUGCCACACCGACAACGACGCUUAGCAACAAUGUACUCAAAAAAGUUGCUACAUUUACGGCUGAGAAGGCAGCAGCGACAGCGGCCAAUACUAUUAGCGCCAGCGCCAACGGAAGUGCCAGCGCCGCAGGCAUGGCCGGGCAUUUGGAGUACAUCAGCGGCUGUCGGCGUUUAUCUUAUGUGCCGGAGAAGUUAAGCUUCGCUGCGUAUGAAAAGUUUGAAGGUCAAAUGCUUAUGAAAUGGCUGAUUUCAUCAUUGCAACAGUCAACAGGCAACAAUCUGAACGAACAGGACUUGAAUAACCUCACAAUGCAGUAUUGUAAUAAUUUAAUAAAUGUGGGUGUGCUUAAGCAGAUUUCGGAGGAAACGGAUAUUAAAAACUUCAGUCCUUUCUACAUGUACCAGUGGACUCAUACGGAAGCGCCAACCACAUCUGUCCCGCUCACGCCUGGCAGGCUGGACACUGUAGCCGUGUGGCCGCAUUGCAGCACACCCAGCUCAGUGGCGCGCAUACCGAAGGGCGUGCAAGUUGACACCACAGCUGAUCUCUUUUUUCAACAGAAUCUCCGCAAGCGCUUACUUGCCUGCAGCAACCUCACCGAAGUGCAUGCUGUGGUAAAUGAGCUGCUCGCUCCCAGCGAAAUGACGCGACGGCCAUCUAAGCGCUGCAUAGAACUAACCGAUUUAUUAAAUGCAAGUGAAGCAACCAUUUACGAGUAUGAAAAGGGAAAUGCAACCUCGUCGGUGGUGAGUUCGGAAAAACCGAAUCAACGAGCAUCGACGAGUGAUGCCGGCAUGCAGACAGAAACACUAAUGGAGACCGGCACCGUCACAUGUCCUGUGUGCGCGCCAAAAGCGAAAGAAACCAGUGAUCGAGGCAUACAAACGGAUGCUGAGGAGGUGAAAGUGAAAGCGCCAAAACCACCGCCGCCGCCACCUCCACCACCACCAAUGGAUGCUUCCAACGCAGCACAACCUCCGCCUCCUCCGCCACCACCGCCUCCAGCGCCACCCGCUCCACCACCACCUCCUGGCAUGAAUGCACCUGCACCUCCACCACCACCACCUCCCCCAGCGCCGGCGUCCUCAACAGCUGGUCCGCCACCUCCACCACCACCUGCGCCUCUGCCUCCGCUCAACACUUCAGCUGUGCCGCCACCUCCCCCGCCCGGCGCGCCAAAGCCACCAUCCUCUUCCUCUACACCAGCGCCACUGCCAAAUCCAACUGAAGGGGCGUGGUUCCACACCACAAAUACUCUUAGAAAGACUGCCGUCAACCCGCCUAAGCCCAUGAAACCCCUAUACUGGACACGCAUAGUUACGCCAGCACCACCCCCUAGGAUUACAACUCCGCAAGCCAGUACUGACUCUAGCGGUAGCUCGCCCGACGAUGUUACCGACUCAGCAGCGCCCAAGGAAAUCUGGCAGGAGAUCGAAGAAACAAAUCUCGAUAACAUCGACGAAUUUACCGAGCUCUUCUCACGACAGGCUGUGGUACCCGUUAGCAAGCCAAAAGAGAAGAAGGUGGUACGUGUGAAGGCUAUAAAAGUGUUGGAUAGUAAGCGUUCUCAGAAUGUCGGCAUUGUGUCGCGUAGUCUACACGUCGACUUCUGUGAGAUCGAACACGCGAUCUACCAUGUGGACACAUCGGUUGUAAGCUUAGAGACAUUACAGCAGAUCAUUAACAUUAAAGCAACAAACGAGGAGUUGGAACUGAUCAAAGAGGCAGCGCAAAGCGACAUACCACUCGAUUAUCCGGAGCAAUUCCUGCUCAAAAUCUCACAGAUCUCAAUGUCUACAGAGCGUAUCUCAUGCAUUGUCUUCCAAGCCGAGUUCGAAGAGGCAGCAACGGUAAUUGCGCGAAAAUUGGAAGUUGUUGCACAGCUUUCGCAGUAUUUGAUUGAGAGCGAAGACCUUAAGCUGAUCUUCGCCAUAAUACUCACACUGGGAAAUUAUAUGAACGGCGGGAAUCGACAGCGAGGGCAAGCGGAUGGUUUCACAUUGGAGAUAUUGGGAAAGCUCAAGGACGUAAAGUCAAAAGAGUCACAGACGACGCUGUUGCAUUUCAUUGUACGAACCUAUAUCAGCAGACGACGCAAGGAAGGAGUGCAGUUGCUAGAGAUGACCCUACCCAUACCCGAACCGUCAGAUGUGGAGCGCGCAGCACAAGUGGAUUUUGAUGAGGUCAAGCAGCAUAUAAUUGAAUUGCAUAAGAAAUUGAAAGCGAACAAAAAGACAACGGAGCGUGUGGUUCUGGCCUCAACUCCAGGCACUUUGGAGCCAUUCAAAUCGAAAAUGGAGGAGUUCAUUGAGAGCGCAACAAAGACAAUCGAUAAACUCUACAAAGACUUGGAUGAGUCGCGAGAGAUGUUCAUCGAAACGAUGCGCUUCUAUCACUAUACGCCCAAAUCUCGGGCGCUGGAACAAUGCACGCCCGAUCAGUUCUUUGAGUAUUGGACGAACUUCACCAAUGACUUUAAGGACAUUUGGAAGAAGGAGAUUGCCACGUUGUAUGACGACUUGUUACGCAAGUCGAAGCAAAUUCAGACACAAUCACGCAAAAAUGUUAAAACCACAAAACUGAAGCCAGGCGGCCUUAAGGAACGUAUCCUGCGUUUGAGUAAAAAGUAAAACCAAACUACAGCAGCUCAACUUUGUAAUGCGAAAUAAAAUAUAGAGAUUUUAAUAUUUAUUAUGCAGUUUAUGGCAUUUGUUUGAAAUCGUACGAAAAUGCUUUCAUGCAUAACUUUGUUGCUUUAUAGCGUGUUUUCACUAGCUAAUUGAGUAUUAAAUUUUUUGCAAAUACAAACAAACUUUAGCUUACAAGAAAUGCACACACCAAUCGGAACGUACGUACACACUUAUACAUACAUACAUACAUACAUACAUACUUAGAAAGUAGCCUUAUAUUAAAUUUAGCAAAUAGACUA